AUGCAGACCAACUCACUCUGUACGUGUCUAAAAGGGGAUAAAGGUGACACUGGAUCACCGGGGCCGAGAGGACAGAAUGGCUAUAACGGCACUGAUGGAAUAGACGGUCAAGCAGGUGAUCGCGGCGUUAAAGGAGAUCCAGGGAUUCCGGGUUUCAAUGGGGACGACGGGGUCGAUGGUGAGAAAGGGGAUCGUGGCCUUAAAGGGGACGCUGGGGCGAUUGGACUGCACGGACUUAAAGGGGACAAGGGAACAACCGGACCAAAAGGGGACGAAGGAAUCCCCGGCGCCAAAGGAAUUGUAGGACCUAAGGGACAAAAGGGCGAGCCUUAUCAACGCGCAGUCGAUACAACGAUUGCAUUCACUGCUGGAGUCAUUCAACAGCCCGAUAUGCACGAUAGCAGAUCUAUCAUAUUCAAUAUGGUAUAUACGAACGUUGGAGGCGCCUAUAACAAAGAAACUGGUCGUUUCACAUGUACUAUUGCAGGUUUGUACGUGUUCACAUGGUCGACAGAGGUGAAUCAGAGUCGUUAUAUAAAGUCACAGCUUACAGUAAAUGGACAAAAUCGUGCAUAUUUACAAGUUAGUGCAGGCAUUUUUUCGAAUAGUGGCUGUGCAACAAUUAUCCUUCAACUAAAUAUCAACGAUGUUGUCGAUGUCACUCCAAGUAUGUUCUCACAUGGAGCCUCGUUGGGGGCAUCUUCUUCAUUCUCUGGACAUUUACUGUAUUCGAUAUGA